CAAAAUACUCUCUCAAAAGGAGAAUCAAUCUAAGUCACAACAAAAAUAUUUUUUAUGUCUCUAAGAUAGGAAAUCAAUUGAAUUUAUCGAUGUCGGGAGAUAAUGACGGUGAAUUACCGGCUCUGUUGCUUGAAAAAGAAGUUUCUGAUCAUCUGAAAGAAACGUGGAAGGGCGAACUGGAGAUUGAAGAUGAAGAUGAUGAGAAUGGUGAAAGAUUUUACAAACUUUUAAAACAGCUUGGUACCCCACCUACUGUUACCACAUUACGGGUAAACACACUGAACUGUGAUAAACAUGUCAUAGCCAAAGAACUGAAGUCAGAGUUGGAAAAGCAAUAUGUUGAAAGGGGAAGUAACCCACCACCAAUAGUUCUACAUCCUGCACUAAAAGAUGUUCUGGUCAUACCAAGCAGGGGACCUAAUGCCAAACCAGCGGAGGUGAAGAAAGAGGUGAUCGUUGAUCUUGCAUGUGGUAUGGCUGUGUUACGAGGAGCUGAUGUCUUUGUGUUGGGGAUCAUGGCAGCACCUGCUUAUUUAUCUACUGGUGAUUUAGUAGCUGUAUAUGCAGAUCUCGACGGUCAAUGUCGUAAAGGUCUGAAGGAGGAGUACAAGGAACGUAAACUGUACGUAGGGUGUGGUGUCAUGCAGUUAAGCAGGGAUCAAAUAUUUUGUUCUGCUCAAGUUAAACUCAGGGGUGUUGGUGUUAAAAUGACCCAUCCGUUGUAUGAAGCACCCUGUAUAGAUGAUGUCUUGCCAGAUCUAGUGUUUGCCCAGAACCUUCCGUCCAUAGUGUGUAGUCUAGUGUUAGAUCCCCAACCAGGAGAAACUGUGAUAGACAUGUGCUCUUCCCCUGGUGGGAAGACAAACCAUAUUGCAACCCUCAUGAAAGAUGAGGGCAGGGUUGUAGCUUUAGACAAGAGUGCCAUAAAAGUUGAGAAAGUGAUAAAAAACCUUGAAAGAUGGAAUAUAUCAUGUGUUGACACCUACGCACAAGAUUCAACUAAAUGUUUAGACGUAAAUUCAGAAAUCAAAGGACCACCACCAUUUCCCCCUGGGUCAUUUGAUAGAGUGCUAUUAGAUGUUCCAUGCAGUGCACUCGGUCAGAGACCGUCAUCACGGAACAGAAUGACGUUAAAAUCUUUACAAUCCUACCCAGUCUACCAAAGAAGAUUUAUUGAAACCGGUGUUGAGUUGUUAAAGAAUGGAGGAACUCUAGUAUACAGUACAUGUACUAUUACCAUGGAAGAAAAUGAAAAACAAGUAGCCUGGAUGCUGCAGAAAUAUCCUUAUUUAAAACUUGCAGAACAGACUCCACAUCUAGGUGAUGUGGGCCGUCCAUGCAAGGGUCUCACCAAAUCUCAGUGUGAGAUGUUACAGAGAUUUGACCCGACCAGUGUGACCAGCAAGUCUAAAUAUUUCACAGAUAAUGACACUAUAGGAUUCUUUAUUGCAAAAUUUAUCAAAGUUGACGACAAUACUUGAUAGUUUUGUUUAAGGAACUUUCAUGCAAAAAUUUCGCAAUUCAGUUGUGUUCUGUAAUGCUUCGAAAUUCACCCUGUGAUCAAGUUUUAAAAUGUGUAUAUGUGUAUUUAUUAUUGUCAUAAUCAGUAUAGUCAUGUUAAACACAAAAUUUGCUUACUUUAUUUAAUGGUUUUUUACUGCUUUGAAAUUUGAAUGAUUCAGUUGUUAAUAAGGUAUUUUGCGUUUACUUUGUUGAUUUUUCCACCUAAAUUUUGUGUAAUGCACUUAAACUGCUUUGAAAGUGGAACUGUCCAUUGUAAUCAGAAGGGAUUUCAAUAAUACGGGGAAGUCAAAGGCUAUAUGCAAAUUGAGUUGGGACUUUGGCUUGCCUGGCUAUAGACUACAUGUGUAUAUUUAAAAGGAAAUCAAAUAAACAAUUAAAAAAUAUAUAGAUUUCUGUAUCUAUCAGUCAAAUUUUCAGUGUCAUUUUGGUGCUCAGCUGCCAUUUUCAAUGUAACUUUGAUAACAAAACAAUCACAACUUUUUGGCUUAAGAAUAAGUGUUGAGGUGUUCCGAUUGAAAACUAAAGUGGUGCAUUAAAUACCAAAUGGCACAUUUAAAAAGAAAAAUGAAGAGUCUAUGUUGUGUCAUGUUCAGAUGAUUUUUCAUGUACAUUAUCUAUAUGUUCAGAUGUCUGUGCAGUAUAUAACUACAAUGUACAUGUACUGUAUAAUACAGUGUAUGAAAAUGUUUAUGAAAUUUUUUAUCUUACACUGUGUGCUAAGAUAUCUAAAAAUUGUUCACUAUGUUUGUGCAAAAUGAUUACUACAUGGACACUAUGUUCAGAUGUUUUUGUUAUAUGAGAACUAUAAUUAUGUGCAUAAUUUUAGAUGUAAGUGCAAAUUUAUAUUUGUACACCUUUUUCUGAUCAUUGCAUCUUUUCACAGGUUUAUACAAAUCUAUUGACUGCACCCUUUUUAGAUGUCUAUAAAAAUCAAUGUGAGAGCUUCAUUUUUAGGUUCAAUAAAAUUCUGUUUCCUGUUGUCUGUUAAAAAUCUAUGUGAGUGCAUCUUUAUCAGAUGUCUAUAAAAAUAUUUUUGAGUGCACCUUUUUCAGAUGUCUCUACAAACCUUUGCAAAAGCACCUUUUUCUGAUGUUUAAGCAAAUUUAUGUGAGUGCACCUUUGUCAGAACUCAGAUGUUUGUAAAAGUCUAUGUGAGUGCACAGUUUUAUGUAUAUGUGCAAAUCUAUGUGGUGAACCUUUUUCAGACCAUUGCAAAUCUAUGCAAGUGCAUUGCAAAUCUAUGUGAUUACAUCUUUUACAGAUGUCUUUGUUAAAUGUUACUACACAAUACAUAUCAAAGCUUUCACAUUUCCUCUAUGUUGACAUACAUAUAUAUAACAUAAUUAACAUACAUAUGUAAAAAAUCAUUGUCUUGCAGAACAAAUGUUAACCUGAACUAAUAAAACUUUUUCCCAGUUUUAGGAGUAGUAGCGAAAAAUACAUUAAAUGAAAUUGAAUUAUUUUGCUUGAAAUAUUAUGUGAUACUUGAAAACAAUACUGAUUACAAAAUUCUCUCUUCUGGAUAAUUAAAGUUUAUUUAUGAAUGAUAAAAUUGUAAAAUGUAAUGAUUGUUCAUUUUAAUGUAAUAU